GGGCUUUGCAGCAGCAGGACGAAUGACGGCUGAGUUAGAGGAAGUUACUGGGAGCAGCUGUGCUAGUAUGUAACCCUACACGCGUUGGAUCCAGCGUUGCAGGGAGAGAGGAAGGCAGCAGCAUUCAUGGAUAUUGUGGACACUUUUAAUCAUUUAAUACCCAGUGACCAGUUGGAUGAGUCCCUGAUAAUAGGCCAGAAUUUGGAAUGUGAAGCUGGUAAUGAGUUUGGGACAGGACACCGGCUGGAAGAUUCACUGAAGAACAUGCUCAGUGACAAAGAUCCCAUGUUUGGAUGCGCAAGCUCUCAGUUCAAUCUGCUGGACAAUGAGGACGCCACUUUUCAGAUUGCUGGCUCAACAGCUGUUGCAGGUCUCGCUCAUGGUUCAGCAUCCACAGGCCUCAGCAGUGAACUGACAGUUGCAGGUACCACACAAGCCAAGCGACCUGUUGGCAGGCGGAGGAAACGUCAGCCAGAACAUAGCAGUGGUCCACAACCUGUGAACACAUCCACUAACACCAUGCCCCGAGGACGACCAGGAAGGAAACCAGCAAACAGGCUACAGAAGUCAUUUCUUAUUGAGAAAGGAGUUAAAGGCGCCCAGCUGAAGAAAGAAUUGUCUUUGGGAGGGCGUGUUAAUGUUAAUGAUCUUGACGGUGGAUUAUGGCUGAAUCCUAUGGUUGUAUUGAGACGACUGACAGUCACAAUUGGAGGGUUCAAGAUCGAGCUGCUUCCAGGACCCUCUUAUACGCAAAAUGUUGAAACAGGCCAGUCUGCAUGCUUUGAUGAUGGUUUAUCGUAUGGAGGAGGCGUUGGGUUUGCUGUGUUGCCAGAUAACUCUGUCAACGUGCAGAUUCCUGUACCUGAGAGCGUGGCAGAGGCGGAUGUAACAGAGCAGAGCUCUGCUAAAGAUGCAGCCCUUGGGCUGGGCCCGUAUGUGAAUCCUAACGAUGUGCAGACCUCCAACGGGACGUCAGUUGGGAGUGCCUGCACACAAGAGACAAAACUUGACAAUCAGAAUGUUUCUGAGAAGCAGAAGCCUUCAGUAAAGAAAGUCAGCAAAGAAAAAGAAGACAUUAAACAGCCGCACAGCAAUGACAAUAACGGAACUACUGUUAGUAAUAAGAGCGAUGAUAAGGAAAAACAACAGGUUGUGGCUAAAACAUUGCUCAAGCCGAAACAAGCACUGACUCCUACUAAGAACAAGGACUUGGUUUCAGGUAAACCAAACAACACCAUUAAGGGACAAAAAGUAUCCCAAAACACGCCAUCCACAAUCAUCCAAAGAGAAGACCUGCACAAAAUCAAGCCUUUAAAGGAAAAGAAAGACGUUGCACCUUUGAAAAGGCCUGGAGAAAACACCCAAAGUGAGCAUGCUACUAAAAUGCAAAAGAUACAGGGUUCAGGAGAUAGUAAAGCAAAGCCAAAAUUACCAAGUCCAACCAGCUCUGCAGUCAAAAAGGUCCCAUCGUCUGGCGUCCGUGUCGAUCAACAGGCACCAACUAAACAUACUCUGCCUCACAAUAGCUCCAAAGUUGAGACUGCUCAACUGGCGCACGGUCGUCCAGGCCACUCUUUGAAAAUGCCCGACGAAGGAGGGCAGGAGAAGCCCAAAGUGAAAAAGCCAGAAAAGAUCCUUCAAAGACAGAAAAGCAAAAAUGCAAGGAGCGUCUCUGUGGAUGAGCCGCAGCUGUUUAUUCCAGAUAACGCUCCUGUUGUGAAGAAGGAAUCUGCCGAGGAGCUACCUGCUAACAGCGAAACUGCAUGGGAUGGAAACAACUGUUGCGGUCUCUGUAAAAAACACCACAAUAACAUGUUCAUGGUAGGCUGCGGUCGCUGUGACGACUGGUUCCACGGCGACUGCGUUGGUCUCGACCUGACGAAAGUACGUGAAAUGGAGGAGGAGGACCAGAUGUACGUGUGCUUGAAGUGCUGUGAGGAGGAAAGCAGAAAAGUGGAGCCUGAGCCCCCGAGUGCUGCCAAACCAGAAGUUCAAGCAAAGACCGAGGCGCAGGAUCAUAAGCUGCCUCCCAAGCCCCGACCGGGACCCUCCCAGUCAGUCACACCAGGCGGUGUCAGACCAGUAAGAAAGGAGCCUGACAGAAGGCAGUCCGCAGAUGUCAGAGAGGCAGCUCAUAAAACAGGCGUUCAGCUGAAACAAGAGACAAAAAUCAAGAGUCCAUCUUCAGCUUCAAAGAAACCCGUGUCUGUGGAGGCAAUCAGGCGAAGUGUCCGUGAUUCUCUGAAAGAAAUCCUCAUACAGAGGUUGAACGAGUCUGAUUUGAACAUGUCAGUGGAGAGGGCCUCUGAAGUCGCCAAGAAGACAGAGAGAGAGCUUUUUCACUUGUAUAAAGACACCGAUAACAAGUACAAGAACAAAUACAGAAGCUUAAUGUUCAACCUCAAAGACACUAAAAAUAAUGUCCUGUUUCAGAGGGUUCUCAAAGGGGAAAUUUCUCCUAGUAACCUAAUUCGAAUGAGCCCUGAGGAACUGGCCUCAAAAGAAUUGGCUGCUUGGCGAAAAAGGGAGAACCGACAUACUAUUGAGAUGAUUGAAAAAGAGCAAAGAGAGGCAGAGAGACGCCCGAUCACUAAGAUCACACACAAAGGUGAAAUUGAAAUUGAGAGCCAAGAACCGGUGAAAGCCCCUGAGCCCGCAGAGCUUGAGCCUCCUCCCAAAGUGACCGAAGUCUCAGCAGAGCCUCCAAAAACCCCUGAGGACAAAGAAAAGAGUACAAAGACGGAGAAAGACACUACCAACCAACACAAGUCUCACCUAUUUGACCUACACUGCAAAAUCUGCACAGGUCGUAUGGUGCCCCCUGUGGAAGAGGCACCAACCAAAGUGGUCAAAGUUGCAACCACAGUGGUUAGGAGGCAGUCCACCAAAGCAGAGGAGACGAAGAACACGCCACCUGCGAUGGACGACGACCUGCACCUCACUGUUUUGGAGGAGAGUUUCCGAAACGCCCAGUCAGGCUACGAGGGAAGGUCGGAUCAUUCAGCUGGAAGAGAUGAAGAGACUGCUUUCCUUUCCAACCUGAAGUCCCUGUGGCGCGGACUCAUUAACAUGUCAAAUGUGGCGAAGUUUGUGACAAAAGCUUUCCCCGUCUCAGGCAUUGUGGACAAUUUGACUGAGGACCUUCCAGACAGCAUUCAAGUUGGAGGAAGGAUAAAUCCACAGACAGUUUGGGACUACUUGGAGAAGAUUCGGGCAACUGGAACAAAAGAGGUGUGCCUGAUUCGCUUCGCCCCCGAGACUGAGGAAGAUGAGAUCUCCUAUACUCUUCUCUAUGCUUACUUCAGCAGUCGUAGGCGUUUUGGGGUGGUGUCCAAUAACCGGAAACAAGUGAAGGACAUGUAUCUCAUUCCGUUGGGCGCCACUGAAAAAGUUCCACAUCAGCUUGUUCCCUUUGAUGGGCCAGGUUUAGAAAACAACCGUGCCAACCUUCUCCUUGGACUCAUAAUUCGCCAGAGGCCGAAAAGGGAUUUUCUCCCCGUAGACAUGAACGAAACUGCGAGGAUUAUUCCUGAAAUCAAGCCCAUCACCGUCUCCACAAAAGAAGCCAGGGCGACAGAGGUGGAUGAGAAGUCUUUCCUCUCUUCCUUGACUACAGCACAUAAUAAAGAGAAGGACAAACCACUUAACACUCCUGAAACUGUUGAUGAGCCAAUUACAGAGUCUUUUGAAGAACCAUCUGCAUCAGAGGAGGCCAACAAUCAGGAACCCCAAAAACCACUGCGCUUUCUUCCAGGUGUGUUAGUAGGCUGGGGUGGAGAAUUACCACCUCUGCCAGAUGUUGGAGGUAAACCCGCAGCAGAUGACACCCCGAAGUCACUACCAGCCCCAAAAACAGAGGCAUCAACUGGAAACACUAAAAGUCCAACAGCUGCUGCACCACGAGAGCGCUUUAUCAUCAAGAAGAAAGAAGCAAAACCUGUUAAGGCCGAACCGGAGAUAUUGAGCUCGACCGACGCAGCUGCUGCUAACAGCUCAUCAGGAAAGGAUGUUACAGCGGUGCACGGUGCAUCAGUCUCUCUGAAAGAUAAGCCUCCAGAUGUAUCGACUGAAGCAUUCCUGGCGAGCUUGUCAGCAGCUCCGAGUGCGACUGAAACCAGCAGCGCUGCCUCUGCGAACAAAGGCGAUGCUGGCCUUUUGUCUGAAACUGAAAAAGCAGCAUCUGAAGGGAAUCCUUUGUCGCAGUCAAAGUCCCAGGUUGCUUCAGCUCAUACAAAUAGCUCAAAACCUCCCUUAAGUGGAAUAUUGAAAAAAUCUUCAGCCUACUCCAGUGUGAAUGAAGAAAAAACAACGGUGCUACAAAGGGAUAAAGCCAGCCACUCAGCUCCUUCCAGUCCUAAACCUGUUCCUGUGUUGAGCAGCACUAGAAAUGAUCCAGUUACACUAUUUCACCAAGGAUAUUUACAGGUUUCUCAUGCCAAGAACAAACCUGAGGAAGAAAACCAAACAACGGUUCAAACAUUCCCGAGUGAAAAGGAAGAUCCUGGCAUGUCCCAUGCUGGUGCUACAGUAACUCAGACAGGAUAUCCUCCUACAGGCCAAGGACCACAAGCGGCCUCUGAGCAACAACAGGACUCCGCAGUGGUACCUGCUCUCCCAGGAUACAACAGCGCUGCACCUAUCCCAUCACAGCAGCAACAGCCUCAGGCACCUGGCAGCUACGACUACCCGACCGACCCACACGCCCAGGACCAGAACAGCACACCGUGGGUUCAGGACAGCACCGUUCACGCCCUCCCGGGACUUCAGUCGCAGUUCGCAGCGAGCUACUCUGAACCACCUGGCCGACCUCCGUCCCUGGCCAAAGACUACAAGCGCGCAGAGGAGCGGUACAGCGACCCCUGGGAGCGGCCGCGAAGCGCGGAGGACAGAGAACACCACGGGAGGCACAGCUACCACAGAGACUCCCAUCACGGGAAAAAGAGCAGGUAUCACGAGCGGGAGAAAAAGCAUGACCGCAGCCACGAGGACAAGUACAGAGAGAGGAGCAGGCACCACGGACACUCAGACGACCGCUACGGUGAGAAGAGGAAAGAGAGGCAGCACAGCGACGACUACAGCAGCCGUCACAAAGACAGACACAGACACAGACGGGACUCUGAUUACGAGAAUGGACGCAGAAGUUCAAAAGACAGUUACUCAUAGUCAUGUUUAGUUUUUGAAAGCCCUGCUAGUGAUAGACUGUUAGCUUUUUGGUCACUUGGCUGGUGCAAACCACUUCAGCUACACUGACUGAUAGUGGAGUUGUUUGUUGUUUUAUACAGCGUCCUGCAGCUUAUAUGCCAUUUUCUUUUACAAGUUCCAUUUUAUAUUAUUGACAGUUCAGCCAAAAUGAAGUGUAAUUUCAGCGGGAUUGUGAAGAUUUUUCUACACUGGCAUGCAAAAGCUUCAGUACCCCUGGUCAAAAUUUCUGUUACUGUGAAUAGCUAAACAAGUAAAAGAUGACCUGAUUUCUAGCCAGUAUAAAGUUAAAGAUGACACAUUUCUUUAAUAUUUUAAGUAAAGGUACCUUUUUAUUUCCAUCUUUUACGGUUUCAGAAUAACAAAAAAUGAAAUUGUCAUCACCUGGUAAAAGUUAUCUGAGAUCUCACAUCUCUUGGGGUGCCCAAACUUUUGCAUGGAGCUUCUUUCCCUUUUCUCCCUCAAAAAUGUCAAACAAAAACAAAAUAAUGCACUAACCUUGCUUAAAAUGUUGAGCAGAAUGUUUCAUCUUUAACUUUAUGACGUGGAAAUUUGGUCAUUUUUUACUUUCUAAGCUGUUCAGGGUAACAGAAAUUUUGAACAAAGGUGCCCAAACUGAUGCGUGCCACUGUUGAUGCAUCCUCUUCACACCAAGAGGAACUCAAUUCUGGGACAUUUUGAAGUUUUUAGCCUUUUAUUGUAUAGAUCUUGUUCCUCCUGAGCUGCUGUACUGACCACAAGUGAUCUGUGUUUUCAGUCUCCUGGUAACAUACACAACAAGUGUGGACCAUUUGGUAAAAAGUUUUAAGUUGGCAUGAAUGUAACACAGAAAACAUUUAAGUGAGGGCAGCGAUCUGAAGAGCAGCUUUGCUUUUUCCCAACGUAAUUUCUUUUAAAUUUUAUAAACUUACUUUCUAUUGAAAAAGUAUGUAAAUUUUGGCUUGUAAUAUACGGUAGAGUUUAGGUGUGCCUUUGCACUGUGUGUUUAUGUACAGUUCGUAAUAAAGCUAAUCCUUUUUUAUUAUUGAUUAUAAAAAUACUUCUAAUAUUUCUUUCUAAUUGUAUUAAAGGUCAAACCUGGAUACCGAAUUACAUUGUGCUAUUACUAUAAAGCUGUUAUCUACAAAAAGAGACACGUCUUCCACAGAACUUCAGUCAGAUGGCGUGUUUGACUGACUCUCAGGGCAGGGUUGAAGAAACAAGCUGCAAAUAUAGUUUGUGAACUUUCCUUUAAAAAUUGGAACCUGACUACUGCCAAGUGUCACUAACAACUUUGUUGUUGGGCGUUAUAAAACACAACUAAUACAAAUUAAGAACAUGUCACAAGG